GUCACGUGGUACAUGUUUUACACUAGGGAAGUUGCUCAAUCUCGGCAACAAAAAAACAACAUUUUUUAGGGUACUUCAAUGAACAAGGAAAUAGAUAUAUAAAAAACGAUUUCUAGAUGCGUUACCGAGGAUGAGCAACACAAUAACAUCGGCUACAUUUAUUCGAAACCUCAACUAUGGGGUUCGACGAAAACUGUCUGACUUAUUGGACCCUCAAGACAACUGGAAAGACGUUAUUGUUUCAAUACAUAAACCCACAGGGGAGCCGAGGUACUCUCAGCAACAUCUAAGGCGAUUUGAAGCAGUAGUUUUACAGGGAAGAAGUCCUACCAUGGAGCUACUGAAUGACUGGGGGACAUCUAACAGCACCGUGGGAGAGUUAGUGGACAUUCUGAUGAGCCACAGGUUAAUGGCUGCAGCCAGUAUUAUGCUACCAGAUGCAAUCAACAACCCCCGUCCAGCAGUCCCCCAGCCACCUGAUUCUCCCAGAGACAAAGAGAUGGUAGGCAACAGCGAUGCUGCAACAAGACCCCUGGGGAGGACAGAGGCACAGACAAAGGAACAGCCACCACCAGACAGCACCUCAGAGCCACAGGAGGAUCAGGAACCCAAUGGCACUGCAGGUUUUCUCAGGCUUUCUUUCCAUGAGCUGAAGAAGAUAACUGGUAAUUUUGACGAGAGGCCAGUGAGUGACGGUGGGAGCAGACUUGGUGAGGGAGGCUUUGGAACGGUCUACAAAGGCCUCAUCAAUGGCAAACCUGUGGCAGUGAAGAAACUACACUCAAUGGAAGACAUCUCACUUGAAGAGCUGAGCGUUCAGUUCAUUCAAGAGGUCCAAACUCUUAUGGUGUUGAAACAUGAAAACCUAGUAGACAUGGUUGGCUUUUCACGUGAUGGCCAUCACCCCUGUUUGGUGUAUGCUUACAUGUCCAAUGGUUCAUUGCUAGAUCGUCUGGCUUGCUUGGAUGGUAGCCCUCCUCUUUCCUGGCACAGGAGAUGUUUGAUCGCUGUGGGAACAGCCAGAGGCUUAGAUUAUUUGCACAGCAACCACCAUGUCCACAGAGAUGUCAAGAGUGGUAAUAUUUUGCUGGAUGAAUUGCUUGUGCCGAAGAUCUCCGAUUUUGGGCUGACCCGAGCCUCAGCCACGCGAUCGUCAGCGACAGUGAUGACAGAGAGGAUUGUGGGUACAACAGCAUACAUGGCAAACGAGGCACUCAGGGGCGAGAUCACUCCCAAAUCUGACAUCUACAGUUUUGGAGUGGUGUUGCUAGAAAUAUUGUCUGGACUCCCGCCAGUCGAUGAAAACCGUGAUCCCAAGUUCCUGAUGGAGAUGAAAGACGAGAUUGACGAGGAGGAGAUGGCCCUGGAGGACUUUGUGGACAAGAAGAUGACAGACUGGGACCUGCCAUUGGUGGAGAGGACCUACUUCUUAGCGAGCGACUGUCUCAGUGACAAGAAGAACAAACGGCCACUGAUGGAAGAGGUGGUCUGGUGAUGCGGUGUCCGCCCCUCUUCCCGGCAGGUCCCUUGGGCUUGGCGAAGGCCUGCUUGUGUGCAUGCUGCUUGGGAUGGACCUCCUCAUACAGGAAAUCACCAGUCAGCUCAUCCCCAUUGUCUAUCUCCAGCUGUGGACAGUCAAACACAUGAAUAGUGAGGAGUUGGACUGUUAUAACAAAACCAGGGUUGAAGUCAAUUCAGGAAGUAAACUGAAAUUCAAAUUCCAAAUUGAAACACUGAGGAACAUUGGAAUAGGAGUGUCAAUAUACUUGUGAUUAUCCCCAAACCUGAACCUACUGAUACUUUCCUGAACCCUAUGAAAGACCCUCUCCAAAUAAACACAGGAACACUUUUAAAUGUUACUAACACUUUGUAUUGGUUGUGUUACAAUUCUAAUAAAAUAGCUUGGCCUUUUGGUCCUUACCUUCUUCAAAAUGUCAAUUUGCAUGUUAUUUUCAACCAAGUCCACCAGGGGAUUUUUACAGCUAGAAUAGAGCAUCCUCUCUUUGAUGCUACACUUGUACCCCGGCAUGGAAUAAAUGAACACUGCAGAAGAGAAAACAACAAUGGAAGAUGUCCCAUCACAAUCAAGAGAUAUACAACUUUGUGAAAUAUAAAAAAAGAGAUUAACUUCAGUGAAAUAUGAAAGAUUUAAGUCAUGACCGCUUGGUGUCUUAAGUUGCUUACAAUUCUGUUGUGUUCCUCUGUGAAAAAAAAUUACGUAACAAUUAUUUAUUUUUUUACCAGUGGACUCCAGGUAGUCUCCCUCGUGGGAAUGUUUGUAGCGGAAGAAGUGAUAGCGUGCCGACUCAGUGGGGAUCCUCUUGGGCAGAUCUUUCACCUCGGUCGGUUCAGUGUUAGACAACCUAAUGAGCUCGUUGGGAAAGUCGAUUUCCUAUUGAAAUGAAACUAUUAUGAAUUAACCAGAUAUGACAGUUGGAAAAUUACCCUCUAAUAAAAGUGUCAUUUCA